AUGGCGUUCAGUGGGGUGCCUCGUGUUCCAGCGAGCGGUGCUUAUGCAUCUGGUCAGUCUCGCUUGAAGCUAAUGUUCGCGGAUAUCGAGUACGGCAGUGGCGAAGCAAGCCCUCGCCCAACCAGCCUCAAGAGGAGCUUUGCUGACACCGAGUACGACGAUGAUGAAGAGGAACCUCGUCCUCGUCGUCGGCUCGGGCCUUUGCUGCCGGGCGAGAGCCUUUAUCUUGAACCUCUUAAGGGCUUGAAACGCCAGGUGCCGGAUACUCGAACUACUUCCCUCAGCAACUACCGCGAGAUUGAUGACGAAGAUGAAGAUGAAGACGAAGGAGAAGGAGAAGAAGUAGAUGUCGGCGAAAUGGAGGAGGUGGUGACAAAGCAAGUGGAAGUUAUCUACCUUUCUGACGAUGAAGAGGAGGCCGACCAGGUCGAGAAUGCUGUCGUCAGUGUCAACAAAUCUCUCGGCAAAAUUCUACCCACCAUUCCUGCAGUUGCGAAUCCUGGAACAUCUGGGCAGCGAUCCAAGAUGCCCCGUAAGAAGCCGAAGAACAAGCCACAAAGAAAACCCAACAAGUCCAAAAGCGGCGGUGCCACUGUCAAUGACAACAACAACUACCACAAACCUGCGGUAGCCUCGUUGAAGCAAUAUCAUCAUGUUUUGUCGCAACUUCAGUCGUUGAUACCCCAGAAGCUCCUCGCGGGCACUGGCUACCAAAAGCCCAAGACUCGUGUCUGGAUUGCGGCACUUCAUUACAUUGAUUUGUUCCAAGGAAGCGGUAAGGUGCAGAAGAUAUUCAAGGCGACUUCCAAUGCAUCUGCGCGGUUGAACACGGUGCAACAGGAGCUCUUCCACCAGUUCGACGCAAAGCACGGAUUUCAACGUACAGGCGGCAAGAGCGACAAGUUCAAGAAUGAGACAAACAAUCUGUAUUGCUUGGCUCAAGCACUUGUGCACCAUUUCCAAGGUCAGCAAGAGUCCCAGUCCGCAAUUACGGGUGCUCGAAAAGCAUCAUUGAGGAAAUCUGGUGCAAUCGAGAAAACUAAAGCGCUCGACGAUGCUGCCAGCCAGAGUCUUGGUGCGUUUGUUCGCGCCGUUGCUAAUCUGAAAAAACUGACCAAUCCCACUCCAGCGCAGCCAAUGCACUAUAUUCGGGAAAUCACGCCCCAGGGUUUUCGUCCCAAACUUACGUUGGCAAUGAAAGCCGAAGGUCCACACGAGUACUAUAUCCGCGAGAUCACUCCCCCAACUGAACCUCCAACCGAUGUGCAAAACGAGGUGGAAGCAAUGGGUCACGUUCAGGAGCCAAAAUCUAUUGCAACAGUUUCCCAAGCGCCAGUGUCAUCCGAAAACUCUGCAGGACUUGCAAGUUCUACUGCGAUUGACACGGCUCCUGCAUUGCUUCCAAAACAUAUCCAAAUGGAGCAUACCGCAGGAGAUGCUGAGCAAGCUGUGGCCACGGACCCACCUCAAGCUGCAAAUGACGGUGGAUUUCUUGAACAGGCACUGGUGGCACUUCAAACGCAGAUCAAGAAUGCUACCACUCUCAAACUGGACUGGACCAAUGUUCCUCUCUCGCUCUUUGAGACAGAAAUGUCUCUGAAGAAAAUCUCCAAGGCUCUUGAACAGGCCAAGGAUGCUAUGGCUGGCAAAGAUGUUAUGAUGAGCAUGGGUUAA